GACUGUCAUGACAACAUCCACAUGACAGACUCCAACCAGACUGCACUAAGGUCUGAAUUCCGUUUGUGUUUGUUUCCUCUGCUGGAGGUUCGAGUCACACACCAGCAUGCAGCAUAAAGCUCACCAACCGCUGCUGCCCUGCGCCAGCAAAUACCUGCAGUACAGGUGGGAUAAGAGCGGCUAUGAGAUACACAUGAAAAAGCUGGAGAAAGAACGUCUUUCAAAGAUCCAAAGAGAAAAUCUUAUGCUGCUGGAUAAAAUAUCCCACAUCAAGCGAAACACUGGGCGAACUGACUGUAGAAAUGAAUAUGCGGAUAAAAGGCUUGACUCAGACAAACGGCAAGAAGCUCUGCUUGAAAUUGCGAAGGAUAAUAAAAUAAUGCUCAGGCAUUUAACCCAGUGCGCACCAUACUACAGCGUACAGGUGUGGAACGAACAGUGGAUAAAAACGCUCGAGAUUAUGAAGAGCGUUGGGCGAUUCCCACCGUUAAACCAUGCUCAGAUCGUCCAUCCAGUAGCCCACGACGCGUGUCUCUGGACUGGCGGAGGAAACCGGAGCACCCAGAGGAAACCCCCGAAUCACAGGGAGAACAUGCAGACUCCACACAGAGGGGGCAGAGGGAAUUGAACCCGAGCCGAAUGUGCUAAACACUGUGCCACCUUAAAUACCGAUCAUCCACAUGGCCAUAGAAGACCAUGGAGUGAUCUAAAGGGAACGCAUAAGAACAUGAAAUGAUUUUUCUACACGGUGAAAAGGAGCUCUGGAACUCCGUCAGAAACUACAAUCACUGAGCAUUAACUGAUUACAUGUAGUAUAAUGAUUAUUAUGUGAUGAUGUUGUUUAUGAGUGCACCAAUGUUACAUGGCACCCCCUAGGCUUAGCUGAAUAUUAGGGAGGUUGAGUGGAAUAUCUCUAGACUGCAACCAUACCAAGUCCAUGAGAUGUUACUUUAAGCGCUAAUCGUAAAGGAAAUCCGUCACGUAUUUUCCACGUGACUCGAACAAGACAGACGGCGAGACGGUGGCUGGAAGACGAGCAUUCGGUUUACUGUAGAAGGGUGUGAAUACUUUACUUGAAUGAACCAAUCCCGUUCAGUCUGGUGUUCAAAAGUACGUAUCAUACAGCUGUCAUGAAUGCAAUCAUUCUAUUAUUAGAACCC